AUGGUUAAGAGGUUUUUUCUUCCUUUUGAGGCUGAAACCAUCCUUAACAUUCCCCUCAGCUAUAAUUUACCGGAAGAUAGCAUAAUCUGGUUAGGAAACAAAUGGGGAGUUUUCACUGUUAGGAAUGCAUAUUAUGUUGCGCUUCCUAUUGUGGAAAAUUCAGAGGAGGGUGAAUGCUCAAGCGGUGACUCUAGGACUCGCUUAUGGAAGAAGGUUUGGCAACUCAAGCUCCCUGCCAAAGUUAGAAUUUUUGCUUGGAAGGCUUGUAUGGAUGGGCUGCCCACUAAGCUGAAAUUGGCUAAGAGAGGUCUAAAUGUGGGGGCUGAAUGUCCUCUCUGUGAAAAGGCUGUUGAAAGCUCUAGCCAUGCCUUAAUUUAUUUGGAAAUAUUAGAUGCUGGCUCUCCAAAUGACCUUGAGACUCUCUUUGUUACUGCGUGGGCUAUUUGGUUUAACAGAAAUCAAGUGGUUCAUGAGUCUAAAAGCAGUCCCCACUCUCAAAUUUGGAACCUGGCGAGGCGUACACAGGAGGAUUACAAAAAUGCAGUUCUGUUUUGUCGGGCUCAACAGCAACAAGCCCCAGAUGUUGGUUGGGCAGCACCUCCUCCGGAUGUAUAUAAGAUAAAUGUUGAUGGUGCUACGGCUGGGAUUGGAUGUAGGUCCUCUGUGGGUGUAGUUAUUCGAGAUUGUAGGGGGAUGGCUGUUGCUGCGGUUAGUAAGGUGCUAAAUGGAAACUAUGGGGCGGCUGUUACAGAAGCUUUUGCAGUAGAAGAAGGGAUUCUGUUGGCUAGGGAGAUGGAGCUUCAAAGAAUUAUUGUGGAAUCUGACUCUUGUGAAGUGGUUGACGCUAUUAACGAGAGUAGUUGUAAUGGUGAAUUUGGGAUGGUCAUCUAA